UUAUUUUUGUGUGCAAUUAUUUAAUAUUCUGCUUUUAAAUUGUUGUUAUUAAUUUUAAAUUGCUAAAAUUAUUUUUAUUUGUAUCAAAUGAGUGCCACGCCAACAAAGAUACAGGCAGCUGCGUCGAAUGGCGCCGAAUACAAGACACCAAAGAAACAAAAGGCAACAACAAAAGCGCGUCCAAAAUCAGCCAGUUUGAAAUCUAUUGAAAAUCUAACAAACUCGGAUGAAUCAAGUGCCGCUGAAGUGGAGCAGCAGCCCAUGACACGCCGAUCAGCACGUAAGCCGAGUCCCACCAAGAAAUAUCAAGCGUUUAAAAACGAAACAGGAGCAACAAAGCAACACAUUGUUGUCAACUAUGUUGAGUGCUCGGAUAGCGAUGAGCUGCAGUCGGAAAAUGACGAAGAUGUCGGAUUACCAGAUGUAGGAGCAGCCAAGCCAAAUGCACGAGAUUUGCAGCUAAUACAGGCUGACUACAAUGUGGCGGGCACCAGUUUGUUUGGCUUCAAUACGCCCAAGAAACGUGAUGCAAUGGCCAUUGCUGCACUCAAUGCCACUCCGUGCACUCCAAAGACACCAAAAACACCAAAGACUCCGCGGCUGGGUGUCAAAACACCGGACACUAAGCGUAAGAAGGUAGAUCAUCCAAAGACACCGUCACACGUUCGUACGAGAGUUAAGCAGCAAAUUGCCCGAAUUGUGGCUGAUUCCGAUGAGGACUUUUCCGCGGAUGAGAGUGACUUUCGGCCAAGCGAUGAGAACUCCUCAAGCAGCAGCAGCAGCAGUGAUAGCGACGGUGCCACUUCAGAUAAUGAUGCCGCUGACGAUGAGCCCAAAACUCCAGCCAAGGCACGUCGAGCUAUUGUGGUUCCUGUGCUUCCCAAGACACCAUCAGCAGCACGCCAGCGGCAAACGGCGCGUGUUAAAAGAUCCAACGAGUACGUGCCAGAAAGCGAUGGUUACUUUCAUUCUCAUGCCAGCAGCAAGAUACUCACAUCGGAUCACACUCUGGAUCGCCUUAAGAAUCCACGACUGGCCGCAGAUAGACUUUUCACUCUAUUGGCUGAUAUGAAAGCAUCGGCAGAGCAUGAAACGGCUAUUAAUGCUAUAAUGGAAGAGUAUCGCUCAUACUUUUCCAAGUGGAUGUGUAUUCUCAACGAGGGUUUCAAUAUUCUGCUCUAUGGAUUGGGCUCAAAGCGCCAACUGCUGCAGUCCUUUCAUCGAGAUGUUCUCUCAAAGCAAACGGUGCUGGUGGUCAACGGAUUCUUUCCCAGCCUGACGCUCAAGGAUGUGCUGGACAGCAUAACUACCGAUAUACUGGACGCUGGUCCAAGUCCGGGUAAUGCUCAUGAGGCUGUGGACAUGAUCGAAGAGGAGUUUGCUCUGAUACCCGAAACUCAUCUGUAUCUGAUUGUGCACAAUCUAGACGGCGCCAUGCUACGUAAUGUCAAAGCACAGGCCAUUCUAUCGCGCCUGUCGCGAGUACCUAAUAUACAUCUCUUGGCCUCCAUAGAUCACAUCAAUACACCACUGCUGUGGGACCAGAACAAACUAAGCAACUUUAACUUCUCCUGGUGGGAUUGCACCACUAUGCUGCCGUAUACGAAUGAAACAGCUUUCGAGAACUCACUCUUGGUGCAAAAUUCCGGCGAACUGGCGCUCUCCUCCAUGCGAAGUGUAUUCUCCUCGUUGACGACGAACUCGAGAGGCAUUUACAUGCUGAUUGUCAAGUUUCAGUUGAAGAACAAAGGCAUUGCCAAUUACCAGGGCAUGCCAUUCAAGGAUCUGUACUGGAGCUGUCGCGAGGCAUUCCUAGUAAGCUCCGAUUUGGCAUUACGCGCCCAGCUGACCGAAUUCUUGGACCACAAACUGGUCAAGUCAAAGCGCAGUGUCGAUGGCUCCGAACAACUAACCAUUCCAAUUGAUGGCACACUAUUGCAACAGUUUCUAGAUGAGCACGAGAAAAAAUAGUCGCUACGUGUUUAGAACAUAUUAAUUUAUUAUCUAAUUUGUUAAAUACAAUUACAAUUUGCGUUUUAAAAAGGUUUCUCGUGUUGCAUAUUCCCCAGUCGACUUUAUGACUUUUAAGUUCUAUUACAUACAUAUAUUUACGUUCUGUACUCCUGACCAUUUAUUGUUUUCUACACAUUUAGAUUGGCAUGCAUAAAAAUGUAUCUUAGUUAGCUUGAA